CCGUUGCUAACUUAUUAAUUUGUCAACAGGAUGGAGACCGAGGGUACUUGGAAGGUCUUGCAUCUCGAUAUGCGGAUCUGUUCUCAACGCAUUACGGAGACGUACUCGACCACCUUGAGGAGUUACGAAGACAUGAAUGGGAGGAGAUGUCUCCACGGAUGCGGGUGCUCGGCGGACCAGGCACACCCCAGACACCACCAUCAGCCAGCCCUGGUUCUCUCGCACUGACCAAUCUCACCACAUCUCAUUCACAACCGAUUUAUGUGCCUGGAAAAUAUUCGCCUUCAAGCUGCCUUACCGACAAAGAGGAGGACGAGAUCUACGGCUUCGGUUACGGUGUCUUUGGGAAGCAUAUGCUGCAGCGACAACAGCAGCAGAAACAGUUGCUACUGGCACAGCCUAACCAGCCCCUUAUACACAAUCAACAACAUAAUUACCAAAGUUGCCUCAGUCCGCGGUCGGCGUAUUUUUAUGAAUUCCCUCCCAGUGUUUUCUUUUCCGUAGACAAUUGUCUCGGCACUGCAAAGAAAAAGGUGACCACAUUUUCCCGUCUCCUUCGAGGUUUGAAGUCCCACAGGAAAGAGAAGCAUGGCUCCUGUUCGCCGAAACACUCGCACAGCCCGAGACAAGUAGGACUUCCUCCUCAGAGGGUCGACACCCCGGACAGCGUGCUACAGAGUGGGCUGGGCCUUGGGCCCGGACCCGACACGGCCUUGAGGUCCAUGGUUGACCCCAGGGACUAUGACCGCCUCCGCUUUUUUCAAAUGAACGCCGCCCAACCAAACACCUUUGAAGAGACUAUACAUAGGCUGAAGGUUCAGGAAGCUAUGAAGAAGAAAGACAAACUGGCGAGAGAACAGGAAGAGAUUUUGAGGGACAUUCGACAUGGCCUAAUGAACAUGGGAAGAGAUGGAGUACGGGGUCCUUUCGGAGACGACACAUAUAUGUACGACGACGAGGCUCGAGGCCUGUCCGGCCGGGGGCAUUGGUACGACGAGCCACCCUACGAAAGCGACCCCGAAGACUUUCUCAUGGGCGCUGGAGCACCCGCUGCCUCUUUCCAAAACGGCCGAGUUUGCUUCACACUUAAUCUAAGGAACGAAUCUAGAGGUGAAGGCGUCAUAUCGCUGAGAAGCGCCGGCGACAUCAGUUUAGCGAGAACCCCUCGACGUGGAUUAAUAAUUCCACAAAGCGGUCCCUAUCCGACUACGGUCAUCCCUCUACAUACUGCGAGGGAUCGUGAAAGCGGGGAUUACGCCGCAUCUGACAUCCAAUCGAUUGGUUCGCGAUUAUCUGGAAUUUCGUUAGAAUCAAGUCGUUCGGAAAGGGACAACAGAAGAGGUUACAGACAGAUGUCGGGAUACCGGAUAGGCAUCGAUCCUUUAUCACCUGCUUCAUCCGAUUAUGAGGAUCAAGAAAGUGAAACGGACUCUCAGCAUAUAGCCACGGUGCAUAAGUCUGCUGAUGAGUGCGAAGGUGUAUCAAAUUUAGCGGGCAAAGUGAGAGGUCUCAGGCAAGAUGUUCAACGGAAAAUAUCAAGAUUAAGGCAAGAGAGAGGCCCGGAUACUAUUGAUAGACGGACGAGCGGUGACCAAGCCUUUCCAUGCUCUAAUAGUUCCUUUGAAAGUCUUCCCAGCGGAUCAGGCAGUAGCACUCAGGCAUUGGUUCGCGCCGGUAGUAAUCACUCAUCUCUCUCGGCAGAAGAAAACAUAGAAUUAAGUCCGGCCGGGCGGAGCUUACUGGUACCGCAAAUGCUGUGCAGAGCGCGGGCGCUCGUCGAUUACGUGCCCAAUAUUUAUGAGAAAGACGCUCUGCGAUACAAGAAAGGUGAAAUCAUCGAGGUGAUCAAUAUGAACGCUUCAGGUAUUUGGCGAGGCAUUUUGAAUAACAAAGUGGGGAACUUCAAAUUUGCCAAUGUGGAAGUGCUCUCCGACAGAGAUACUAUGAGGUCUAGGACAUCGAAAUGGUGCAAAAGUCGCGAAAGACUCUGGGAGACGCGACCGAGGACAGUUGAUGAAUUACUCAAAAGGAUAGACUUGCCGGAAUACGCAUUGGCUUUUGCCAGAAAUGGUUACGAAGAUAUUGAGCUAUUUAAAGAAAUCGAGCCAUCGGACUUGGACUACCUCGGCAUCAUGACGCCCGAGCACCGCACGCGCAUCCUCGCCGCCGUGCAACUGCUGCACCAGCUUGAAUGUGGCGAAGCCGACGGAGAAGGCGAAGGCGGUGGGUCCAGCUCCGAGGGCGGGGACUCGCCAUUUGGGCGCAGGCAGUUCCCGCGCGAUUCGGGCUGCUACGAGGCGAGCGUUGGGGUGGGUGGCGUGCGGGUGAGGACAUCGCCUCUGGUGCACAGAGUGGACGAGCCCUCGCACCGGCCGCCGGAGCCGGCGCCCCAGGCGAAACGCUCCAUCCGGCGCCGGCAGCCGGACGAGGCGGAGUGUGACAGGAUUGAGCGCUACCCUGGAUCCGGUGUUGAAAGAUCCGUGGUUCGCGGCGGCGGGCUACCCGGCGGAGCCAGGGAUGAUACCUGCGAGACCGACCAUAAGCUGAGCGUGGUGAAGUUUGUGGCGGGCGGCGAGCCGUGCGCGUCGGAGAAGAGCAGUGACUCCGGAGUCAGCAGCUCGUCGCUGAGCUCUGCGCAUCCGCACCGCACUUGAGCUCGGCCCGCCGCGCCCGCGCUUGCGUAGACGCUGGCGCGGGCGCGCGCAUUGUCCGCGUUGCCGCCCGCCGCACCGCCCCGCCCCGAGCCCGAACCUUCGCCCCCAUCCGCACACGAUACAACAUGAUGAAAAAUCGGUAAUUUCCAGUUGGUAAUUUUUUUCGCUAAGGAGAAGUAGCGUUAUUAUAAAAUCUACCUUCUAGUAUUACAUUACUUCUGUGGCACAAAUUAAACUUUUAUAAACCAUCGAAUGCAUACUUCUCUUUGGAAAAAAAUCAUUUGAUGUAAUUGAAAAGUUAUAGAUAAAUAUAAGUCAUUUAUGAGAAAUGGUCUGAAAAUAUAUAAUUAAAAUUAAUUGCUUCAAUAAAAUAAUGUUGCAAAUUCAUCCCGUACGUAUUAAUAGAACAAACACUGCCUUUAAUGUUAAGCGUAAGCUUUAAUUUUUAACUGAAAUAAUAAUUUUGUUAUAUUUUUUAUCUAGACAGUCUGUAUUGUCGUCCUAAAUCACAAAAUAAAACGACAUUUUUUACAGUUAUAAAACCAAACUAAAUCGCACUUUUACCUAAGAAUGUGAAAUAUUUUGAAUAGUAAAAAAAUAGUUUAAUAAUUCUUUGGCGUAUUAUUUUUAAAGAAAUGGAACAGCAAUAGACUGACUAUCGCUGCCAAGGUUAUACUGCGUAAACAUGUACAAUUUGAAAAAAUUUGCAUGUCAAUGACCUCGGUAUAGACCAAUAAAAAUUUCAGUAAUUCUAUCUAGAACUCGUUUUGCUUAAAGCGUUUUUAAAUUCUUUUUAGAAAUUCAUUAUAAAAUCAUGGACAGACCGACAAGACGACUGCGUUAAUUUACAAAUAAGACUGAAUAUUAUUCCGAUCAGCUUUAAACAUUUUAACCUACAAUACUUUCAAUUCAGUCUUGUAAAUGUCUAAAAAAACAGCUUGUUUUUAACAAAAUGACAACUCUAAAAUACGAUCUUGUUACUAAAGCUUCCUUGGAACGUAAUUUAAGCUAUCAUUGUCUUUUUUGACGACAAAAAUCUUUUAAAAGUGGUUUUAUUUUGUAAUGACUGUUUUCAAAAGUUUAAUGCAAAAAUAUGACAAACUGUUCAGAUUUAAUAGUAUUAUAAAGUGUUAAUUUUAAAAUUGUAUAUUAAAAAUAAUGUUUAACAUGAAUUUAUUCAAUUUUUCAAAAUCAAAUACCUUUGUAAUUAAAAUAUCAAAUUAACAAAAUUAUGAUCGCUUCUGUACGUUUGAAUAAUAUGUAAGUUUUAAGUGAUACUUUGCAUACAUGAAAUAAAAGGCAAUAAGCCAAUUGAUUAUAGAAAAUUGAAGCGUUAAAAGCGCACUUUCGAUAGCAAUAAUUGUAUAUAAUUUAAAUAGAUAGGUUAAUUAUUAUAUAUGUUAAUUCUUUGUGUAAUUUUUUUAAGAGAGCUUUAUGCGGCAUGCCGCAUGUACAGUCUAGUUGUAGGUGUAGGUUUGUGAAAUUCAAUUUCACCCAAAUAUUCCCAAUAUAAUGCUAGUUUUACACGACGGCACGGACAGGCAGUACGAAUUUGUAGUACUGAACGCACACGUACUUAACUGUACUUUGUGUCGGUGAUGCGUGCAAGCAAUAUCAAUAAACCUACCUUCGUGUGAAACUAGCAUUAGCGAUAAAUUUGCAUUUAUUUGCCAUUUUAACUUUAGUACCAGAGUCGAGACGUCUUUGUUCGCUUUGAUGUUAGACAUAGACUAAAAUUUCUAUGCACAAUUAAUUUAUAGUUGCAGUUCUUGAUGCCUUAGUUCUUUGCUACUUUGCACUUUUUAUUGUAAAUUUUAAAACUGAGAUAUUAAAUGUAAUGAUUUAGAUUGCACUGUAGCCGUUAACUGUACAUGAUUAUAUCCGUAGAAUUCGACUGCUGAGGGCUUAUCAUUACUUUCCAUUAACUAAACAAAGAUAAGAUUUCAGUCCGGCAAUGGGAUUCUACGGUGACUUGUGAGUAGUAAAUUGUACGCAGCAUUUGGGAUAUUAAUUAGGCGGGCCUACAUUCAGUAGAGUUCACUUUUGUAAGAUAUGUAUUAAAAUUUAUUAAUGACACUUUUUGACUACGAUCGUGAACUAGUCCGAACUACUAAAUGUAUAUAGAUAAAUAUUUGUUACUUGUAUAUUGUAGAUAGAACAUGUUUCUUUUGACAAUUAUUGUAUAUUCAAUAAUUAAUUCUUUAUUAAUAUUGAUGUUGAAAAUAAUUUAUUUAUACCUAUGUUUCUAAAGCUCAGGUAGACUUUUACCGUUGGAUAUUUCCCGGGUGUUGCCCGUUUGGCCGAUCGGUUUACCGAUUAAUCGGUACAAUGGGGUUUUUUCCUAUUGGACCGAUUAAAUUCAUAGAAUCGGUGAAUCGUUCAUCCAACGAAAAACAUUUGAUAUUUCGAAGAUUUUAUUUGAAUUUCAUUUAUGUGAUUGUAAUUUACGUUGUAUAAAACAACUUCUUUCUUUUGUUUGUGUUAGUCAUGUUUCAACGACUGUACUUUUUGUAGCCAUAUUUAUAUUUUUUUUAAAUCAACAUUAUUUGUAAGUUAACAGUUCUACAGACGUGGAUUCUAAAUAAAUAAAUCCAAGACUUAA